UAUUGGUCUGAAUUUCGGCGGGGAAAACAUGUCGGAUAAUGGACGAAAAAAUUGGCGGAGGAUUUUCGUUUCUCUUUAGCAAACUCUGCGAAUUAUCUUUCAACAAUGAAGCGAACAAAGGCUGGGAUGUUUACCGGCGACCACGCUACACAGAUCGACGGCGAGAAGCCUUAAAACUAUGCUUGUACGAGACACUGUUCGAGGAGCUACGAGCCCCUUGGGUUGGCGAGCUUCGUCGAACGCAAAACAAACUAAACCAGGACGAAAAUUGUUCAUUUGGUGUUUUUGAUAAACUGUCUAUAACAGCAUUCAAAUUCAGAUUAGCACGGAGGUUUGAUGAUGCAGAUCAGUUGGAACAUCUUGUUUGCAAAUGGAGGAAUCUGGAUGGUAGGUGAAAGUGGAUAAACAAAAAUGAAACAACUGAAAUCAACUGGGAAAUGUACGAUUUUUAUGCACCUACCAAUGUAAAGCCGGCGGAGAGGGGGAGGCGAGGCAUUGGGGGGAUUUGACAUUUUUCAAAAAUUUUCCGUCAAAUACCCUGCCCAUGGGUAAAUCAUGCCAUUCAAAUGCGUAAAAAUCUCCCCACCCCGGGCUGCACAUGGUUGCCUUUGACUUAAGUUUUACCGGUUUAUGGUGAAGUUGCCUGAAAGUCAUCUUGCCCAAAGUAACAUCGCCCAAAAUUUUUAGUCAAGUCGCCCGAAAUGUCAAGUUAUGUGGCUCGAGUUAAAAAACAAGAUACAUUACGCAUCAGUCAAAUUAUUCCAGAUGCGCCCAGCCUCGCCCCCCUCCCCCCCCAGGCAUUGGAAGCGGGGGCUGGGGCAGCUGGAAUUGACUGAUGCAUUACUGAUUUAUCUUGCUUGUUUCGUUGUUCAUCAAAGGUUAAAGAGCGAGAGAUAUUACACGUAAGCUUAAUAUACUGCCUGUUUCGUCUCAUUGUCGCUUAAAGAAUGAGUUAUGUUACACAGUCAUUCUGCUUGUUUUUCUUGUGAUGGCGGGUUUAAAGAACAAGAUAUAUUGCACACACUUUAUUUAACAAAACCUAUCUUGUUCCUCUGUGCACUUCACCUAAUAAAAUUCGCGUGACAUGACUCAGCAUUUGGGCGAAUUAACUCUGCUUUCAGGCAACAUAACUUCGGGCGAGAUGACUUUCGGGUGACAUGACCAGUUACCAUGGUUUCUAGCAAAAGCAAUAACUGACAUCUGACAACAGUAUCAAAACAUUUUAGACCAGUACAGCAUUGUAGUCAUUUCAAAACUUAAGUAUUAACCUUGUACUGAGCUCAAUCUAAAUUUUAAACUAGAGAUUCUAUAUUGGAAGUGAAGUGUUCCCUUAAGCUUGUUUUUAUCUACAUUGAUACAUGAGUCUUUGAAAGGUGAAAUAGCUUCAAAUAAACAAAAACAGAGAACAUAUUGCAAACAAUGAAUGCCCAAAGAUUUUAAUCGCUAUUAUCAUCAACAAGCAUUUAAAAUUACAAUGGAGCUUACAAUAUACCUAAAAAUUUAUUGUCACCUGGUACAUUUCUAAAACAAACACUGUACAAUGAUCUAAAUGAUGAUUUAGGUUGUAUAUCUAUAGAAUACAAAAUCAUGGAACUGUGUUCAGCAUUCUUAUUGACAAAAGUCAAAUACAAAACUAAUAUGGGCUUAUUUGCAGUGAAAUAAAUGACUUAUAUACUUUUCUGUUGUAUUCAUUCAAUCUUUUAGGUAAUUCGCUUGACUGUUUCAUUCACCUCGUUGAACAGAAUUCAGUCUGUUCAACUUGUUGUUUCAUUCCCCUCCUCAGGCAAAUUAUACUUCAAUCUGUUUGCCUUGUAGCUUUAUUCACCUUUUGAGGCAAGUAAAACCGAUAAGAAAAAGUAGUGAACUAGAUUGGGAAGGUCAUCUUUGCAGUUGAUAUUUUAAUGGCACAUUGGAACAUAAAUUAUCUUCAAAAGACAAAAGAUGAAAAUCGCCCCUUUGUCAAAAAUAAGCUUGUUAGUGCAAGUUGGCAGGGAGAUACAAGCAUUGUUAAAUUGUCAUGACUCCACUCAUAAAUCUUUCUGAGAUAGGCCUGGUUAGUAAAUGUUAGGAUCUCAGCCAAUUUUAGAAGGAUUUGCAUGGAAUCAUAAGAUUAUAAAGGUGGUUAUAUCUCCCUGCCAAUUUUCACUAACAAAGCUAAUUUUUGGCAUGGGCGCCUUUUCAUCUUUUUCUUUCUAAAUAUCCCAUAAUUUUACUAAUUUGAAUUUCUGUGAUGUCAUUCUUUUCUGUUUGUUUUAAAAUUUGAAUCCAAAUCCAAGUUUGUGAAAAUUCUUCCAUGUACUUCAGUAUAGGUUGUAAGAAUUCUUUUUUUCUUAUCCUAGAACCCUGUAGUAGUAGCCUUGAUUUCAACAACACCAAUAAGAAAGCUGUAGUGGAGAAGGAAGCCAUACUGAGAUUUCUAGUUGCAUUGUCUGGAUCGGGAACCAGUGAAUCACCGGCGGUGCUUGGUCAUCACAAUAACUUGUGGGUCAAAGAAUCCACACAGGUGAUCAAUAUUAUGUCCUGCCACUUAUUUUUCUUAGAAUUUUGUAUGGGAUGGCUCCUUGCUAGGCAUAAAAUCAGGGAGUGGUAAUCUGAGAAGGUUUUGUUACCACAGGAGAUGAGCAUUUUUUAGACAGAUACAUAUAUGCCAACUCUCCCAGAUGUGGCACCAAUCUCCUAGAUUCCCAUAUGGGACACCGAAUCACUAAUUGAAUACAAUCAACUUUUAAGCUUUUCUGUGCUUUGGUGUCACUGUGAAACAAUUGUAACCUCUCUUUUGAAAUUCCAAAAGUGUGAAUUUUUUUUUAGGUUCAUACAGUGUAGUACAGUUUCUGGGUCAUUUUUGCACAUAUUGAAUAACUGACAAAGAUAUGUCAGCAUUAGAGUAUUAUUAAAGUAAAUUUGUAUGACCUUCACAUCAUGUAGAAUUUCAUAUCAUGUCCCACGCAACCCCCAUAUUAUAAUAAGUGGAGAAUAAUAAGUGGGGACUGCUAAGUUGUUUUUUUUAGUGGGGAGGAAGCAGAUAAUCAUGGCUAUUGGAGGUGGGUGAAAGUCACCAGAUUUUAAGUUUUGUUCUUAAUUCAUACCUUUUUCAGUGUUCUUGUUGCUGCGCUUUUCAAGUACAUGCGAACUCUGAAGUCUAAAAGCCAACUGAUGUUUGCAUUUUUUGCUGCCAUCAAUCAUCCUAGUGGACCUCUUAAGAAACAGAACUUUACUUAAUUGGGUUCAAAAGGUCAUGGUAAUUGUGAUCUGUGAUUGGCGGGUCUCGAUCCGUUUUGUGUGUUUAUUAUGAUUGAUGGCAGUGAAAAACACGAUUGUGAAGGUGGCUUUUGAACUUUAGAGUUCGCCUGUUCGUGAAAUGCACAGUAAAUUCCCCAUGUUAUGUCAAAAUGUAUAUUUUUUGUUCUUCUAACACCCUGUAGAUUCACAAAACCUCUCUGCCAGAAGGACCUCUGCUGAUUACAGACAGCCAUCUUUUGAGACAACGGGCACUUGAAUUUGAUCACUAUGUCCACUAUUCAAGGUUUGAUUUACUAGAGAGUAGAUGUAACUUAUUUUUCAAUCAUCAGUGACUGACUGUCGCCAAAGUUAGCCUAAACAGAGGUGCGGCCAUAUAUGUAUAUUUUAUUAUAAAACUAGAAAUUCUUCUAUUUAUUAAAAUCCCCAUAUUGUUUGCUUUAUAACAGAGAGCUGUUUGAAUGUCCUCCAGUUCUUUCAGUUCCAGGAAAUGACCCUUCAAAAAGGCUUUGUCAAACUCAACAGGUAAUAAUAAUAAACCAUUUUCAAUAUACCGGUAUUAAAAUUCAUACUUGGCUCUGAGGCUAGGGGGAAUAAAACAAAAGAAAUGUAUUAUGCAUUACUGAGCCUCAAGAUGAUUUCUUUUGUUUUAUUCUCCCAAGCCUCGCAGCCAAGUAUGAAUUUUUGUAUAUUGGAAUUGGCCUAUUAUACCAGACACAUGGUUACAGUUUUAACUUGCAUAGAAAAUUAUAUGUGACAUGUACCAAUCUUGAGAAGAAAAAUAAUGUUAGGAGUACAUGAUCUGAGUGCAGUGCAUUAUUGAGGUACAUAGGGAAAGGGUGUGUUUAAUAUGGCCUUGAGUUACUGCUGACCUAAUUUCAAAUUCUCCCUCUGGUAUACAAAAUUUAAUAAUUAUAUUCAAGUCAAUUUGGAAGAAGAACCUUCACUUUUUCACAAAUUCUUUCGGCGUCAUUCCAGGCGCUCCUUUUAAUGUUGUUACCUUUUACAGAUUUUUGAAGAAUUACCAGGGAGUUUCAGAGGAAAAGCAAGAUUCUUUACCCGGCAGGUAUGUAUUUUAUUAACUACUAUGAUAUAGUUCAAGUAACAAGAUUUGCUGAGGAAUAGCUUGGUUUUGCAUCACUGUAGUUCCCCCCUUUUUUUGUUUUUCGGCAUUUGUAUGAAAAUGUGCAUAUUUUAUUUUCCAGGAUUUUAGUGAAGAUGUUCAUGGGAAGGAUGGCCGUUCUGCCCUGUUCAGUGCAUUGGUCCAUAGCCGUACUGAUAAUAUCCAAGUAACACUAGAGCUGCCACAGCUUCCAAGCACCUCUAAGUAAGCUCUAAGCAGUAUUAAUCAUAGCGUUAAUUUCCCGCUAUUGUCAAGGAAAUGCAUGAGCCUGUGUGAUAGGCUUGCAAUGGACCCUACAAAAGUGUGCUUUUGAUUCACCCAUUUUCGGGUCUAUGUUAUAGGUAGCUUUUAUCAACAGAAGUGCUGAGAUACUUUAACUUCUGUGAAUAGCCAUUACUUUGGCAAUAACUAGAUGGCAAUUUUCACCAGACACUGGAGCUUUUGGAGAAACCUGUUACUAAAGUUUUUUUGAGGGAGAGAUAAUACCUAAACAUAUUUGAUUUUCUGUCUCUUUCCAUCCACAGCACACUGCAUUCUCUGGCUACAGAACAGAGAGAGGUAUGUGUCCAUGGGAUAAACUUUCAAACUUGUGCUAAACAUUCAUGCUAAAUUUUCAUUUAACUUGUUGUUUUAAGUUAUUACUCACUUUUUACUAAAGGUCCUGAAACCAUUAUUCAUAACUCAAAUGGUAUUUUGUUAGACUACAGAUGAUGAAGGCUUUGAAUCACUCGAGACAAGCUCCAACUCAUCGACAUCAUCAGAGCAAGCUAUGGCUCUGCAAGAAAAGACUGAUAUUUGGACAGCUGCAUUAAAUCUGCCACCUCACAGAUAUUUCACCUGGGAAAUGGAAGGAAGGUAAAGUGAGGAAUUUGCUACUACACACAUAUAUAUUUGCAAACCAAGUUCUUUUCAGCUGAUUUUACCUUCUCAAAAACAAGCAAUGAAGAAAAAGUAAAAUUGUACCCACUUAAUUUUAUUACUGGUGUCCACUUAACACACUUUUACACGGUUUUAGCUGAAUAUAGAGUCAAUUUAUUAAUUUUGAUAUAGGCUUUACCAUGAACAGUGACUUACCAAUAAGUAGUGCAAUUUCAGACAUAGUUUCUUGAGCAAAUAGGAGAAAAACAUGAGCAUUUGGUAAAAUGCUCCUGAAGGUAUAUAUUAUCUGAUGCUCACCCGCUAGGUAGUUUUCUAAGAACCCUCCUCAUGCUUGCUUGUUCUAAAACCUUUGAAAAAAGGCUGGCCUACUAAUAAUCAGUGCCUUUUUUUCUUUAAUUUUUAGGCGAGAACUGCUAGAUGAGAAACCCUUCCUCACGGAGGCGGGGCCAGUUGUAUUCGAUGCUCUGUAUGACACUGUGAUCCGCCAAGUAUCAUACAUAGUUAAGCCUCCAAUUUCAAGCCAUAACAUGGUCUCUAUAAGUGUUCUGAUCAAGGAUUCAGUUAAUGUUUUGAUUGGUGUUCCUUCUAGAACAUUUCAUCUGGACAAGGUACUGUUCGUAUUGGAAUCCACUGAGGCAGCGCGUCAAAUGAAUGACAAGGAGACUAUCCAUCCUACAUGAACCUCGAUAACUUGAACUCAGAUAACUCGAAUUCCCUGCUAACUUGAACUAAAUUUCCUUUCCCUUGAUCAAAAUUUCACUGAAAUUCACCCUGAUAACUCGAAUUCCCUGCGAACCCGAACUCUUUUUUGUUUCCCUUCAGAGUUUGAGUUACCGGGUUCUACUGUAUAUAGAGCAUUUUCACAUUUUCCGUUUUAGCAGCUCAAUUUUUUUACAAUUAAUGUGAGGAUUCUGCUUUCAGUUUGUAACUCUCUUUCAUGCAUCAGCCAACAAAAGGGUUUUUCUUUUGGGUAAAGCAAGGACUACAACUGAGCUUUCAAUAUAUGUGGUUUGGGUUAGGGUUAUAAUAUUUGUGGUUCUCAUGGAAGAACCCCUUAAAUGUUGUGAUCAUUUUAGGGGGAGAUGGAUUUUCAACUCAAUAUUUUUGCUUAUGUGUAAGAAUGCCUAAAACACGUAAAAAUGUCAUGAUUUUCUUUUGACUUGCAGGCUGCCCAGUGUUUCAAUGUCAACGAACAGGUUCGCUUAUCAGGCACAUCACCAGAGAUGAUUCGUAGCGUCUUAACUCGGUUGGCAAUGAUGGGAACAGAUUACAUUCAGCUCAACAAGUUUGCAACUCAUCAGAGAGGACAGACAGCCGGGCUUGUAUUACAGGCCUUCUUAGGAGCACUUCAAAACUAUUUGCAAUGUUACAGGGCCACUCUGCUAUCCGUGAACGGUAAAUUUGAAUUCUUCUUUGACUCUGAUAACAACAUGUAAAUUCCGAAAACCUUGGUCCUUUUAUACCACAGCAUGACCAAUGAAUAUUAGUUCUUUCAAACUUUCCUGUGGAACUUUGAAGUUUUUACAUAUGUACUUUCCUCAUCUUUAAUUUCAUUUUUCUUUUAUUAUUCACAGUUUCUUCAGUGCAAAGCCCGCUUUUGUUAACAUUUGCCUUUGAUAAUCUUGCAAAGCAGUUAAGGUUAGUUGUUCUCAAAUUAUCAUAAAUAAGAGAUGUUUUAAAAUGUUUGUUAAUAAGUUGAACUAUUUUUACAGGUUUCUGGCAAAUGUAUGCAUGUGUUCACAGGCUUUCAAAAAGGCUCCUGAUGAUCCUAAACUCAGGUUCCCCACUGUAAGUAAUUACCUGAAGCACAGUUUUAAUUUGAAAACUAAUCACCUUUCAUAAAAUACUCGUAAAUAAGUAGAACGUGAACCAUGUGAAAGUACUGCUGGAGAGGUUUCGUUUGAAUGGUAACACCAUAGGAUUUCAUCCACAGACUCAAAAGAUAGAACUGCGUACUAAAUUUUAUAGCACCAUGCGAAAGUGGUGAAGAGGUUUCAUUUGAACGGUAAUAUCAAAGGAUUUCAUUAUUAUAACCGUAGGAUUUUAUAUACACACUUAAAAGGUAAAACUACAUACUAAAUUAAUAGACUAACUAAAAUAACUGAGAAAGUCAAAAAAGUACUUCCUUUACACUCCCUGUAAACAGCUAGACCUUCGCAUGGCCCCGGUUGACUACAAAAAUGGCGGUCACAUCUACGGAAAAGAACAUAAGCAUUGUUGUCAAUUUGUAUUUAAAUUUCCUGUUAAAGAUAUUGGCAUUUGAUUAAAAGGCAUUUUAUUUUUAUAUUUUAAGGGCGUGAAGUUGUUGACCUACCUUUAUCAGCUGUGUCUGGAACAUUCAAGCUCCAAUUUUUAUCCGAUCUUGUUGUCUCUCCUCAAACAUAGCCUGAUGCCUUACAUUAUGUAAGUAGGAAACCUACACAGAAAAAAAAAGUACGUUAACGCUCGACGUUUGAGAUGCAUUUUUGCCCUUCAAACUCGAUGGAGACCACAAGACCGCAGCUUUCAACAUGUUCAACUGGGAGCUUAACCAUAGUCAACGACACCAACAGGUUGCAAAACAACAACUGUGUCGAAACUGUGCACGUGCAUCACGCUUGUUUUACAUUUCUUUGUCGUUGUUGCACGAUCCCGACGUAAGACAUUCCUAAUUUCACGCUUUGUUGAGGCGGUGAACUCAAGACUUCGAUUUUCUAUUCUUUUUUAAACUUAAAUACAGCCUUUAGAAUUCAGCUGUAGAAAAACUCACCAACAACAGACAAAUUGAACGACAUGGAAUAAAAGCGAUGAUUUUUUCAACAGCUUCAACUCAUUUGUUUUAACAGACGUUUUCACCACCGUCGUCGUCGUCGUCGCUUAAGCUCCCAAAAAAUCUUGGCAUAAAACUCACUGCCGUAGGUCUCGCAUUUUUGGCCGUUAGGGGGCUCAUGUGCUGACCAUUCCGGAUUUUCUUGCUGUGUACUUGUUUUCAGCUGCAGCUGUGCCUCAGCUUGGUAAGCUCUGAACCGCCUUUCGUCAGGUCGCGCACGAAAGACUGGUCUGCUGCCAGGUUUUCCCAGGAUUUAUACAAGGAUAUUUUGAGCCGGGGUUCUCCUGGCCCCGGUUGUUCAAAAGAUGGAUAGCGUUAUCCACCGGAUAAAUCUCUAUCCAGUGGACAAGUCUUAGGAAAACCAAUUGCGUUAUCCAGUGGAUAGAUGAUCCGCUACUCGAGCAACUGGGGCGUGGUGGUCAGUGGUCUACGGAUUUUUAUAAUAAACAGGCUAAAAAACUUAGAACUGCCUUGCUUACAUUGGUCCUAAUUAUGGGAACAUUCUUUCCCAAGGCGCUUUGAAUUAGACCAGUGUCAAAAAGCGUCACCAUGCAUCAACUCUGUAAACAUUUUUUGUGCGUGCGUGUGUGUUUUUUUUAAUGUUAGCAACGUUCUUCAUCUUACGCAGGUUUGUUCAAACGUGGGUUUUCAAGGGUAUUUGCAACGAUAUGUUUGGCGAGUUUAUGAUCGAAAUGGACGAGCAAUAUCUGGCUUACAGAGGUAAUUAUAAAAAGUUCUAGCAGAUUUACUGCUUUUUGUCUAUUAACCUUUUUUUGGGACUUGAGGAUUUUAGCCACAGACACUAACGUUUCAGUCAUAUCUAUAAGGUUCAUUCGCUAGAAGACCCUUUUGUUUCGUACUGUAUUGAAACGAAACUUGCUCCUUUAAUUUCUCAGAUAAGCACUUCUGGACGCAUGGCUAUGUAAUGGUCGGACGCGACAAGCUGGAUUGCGUGCCGUUAUUUUUGGGAGAACUAGCAGAGGAUAUAUUUGUGUGUGGAAAAACGAUAAACUUACUUAAGCUUUGCUGUCCUGAGGUACAAUUCCUUUUUGUUAUCGUAAUGUGCCCUUCAGCUGAUUGUGGAAAAUGUUUUUGUACUUAACUUGUUAUUUUUUUGUUUUGCCUCUAAGCUACCAUACGUGAUUAGCUACAACAAUCUAGCGACGUUCUCUUUAAAAACAAAAGUCAACCAUGACGUGUCCGCGCGUGUUUCUCGCGCUUUUUGUUUUGCCUCUUAGCUACCAUACGUGAUUAGCUAAAACAAUCUCGCGACGUCCUUUUUAAGCCAAUCAGAAGUGAAACAAAAGACAAUCAUGAGGUGUCCGCACGUGUUUCCCGCGCUUUUUCUCUUUCUUGACACGGUGUGCAGAAUUCUACUAUUUGUUCCUAUUCGCUUUGAUUAGCUAGCUGGAAUGAAUUUCAUGUGUUCUGUAACAGUUUUUCUCCUUUGUGAGAGUCACCUGAAACCCCCUCUGUAUCUUAUUGCUAGAUUUCUAUUAACACUCAUACGACCUUUCGCUCUCGAGGGAGUCUAACAUUUAUUGCAGGAACUAAACCUCAUUGUAUUUCCUGAAACACUUUUUAAAAAAAUGUACGAGGCGAAAGCACUUGUCUUGCCGCAGGUUUUUCAUUCACAGACUCCCAGGUUAGAUUCACCUUUUUCAUCGAAAUAAGCAUUUCUAAAGGAAAAUACUGCUCAGUAGCUUGCACUUAAAUAGUCAUAUUUCAUCUUCAAACUGUAACAGUAUAUAAAGGCAACCUUACCAACGAGCACAGUUCUGUUUGGCUUGUUCCAGGCUCUCAGUUAGUAGGGAUGGCGCGUAAGUGAAACGCACGUGAAAAUAUUAGCGCGUGAUCUGGGAAAAGGGGGCGGUGGCGGUCUUCCUCUCGUUUUGUUUCGUUUUCGCGCUUUCUCACUUUCGCAGACCCGACCAUCUCGGAGCCUGGAACAGGCAAAGUUUUCUUCUAUAAGCCGGAAGGGAAUGUGGUUUAGUCUGAGGCAUGCUUGUGUGGUAAUGACGGUCGUAUUUAACCCUUUGAGCCCUAAGAGUGAUCAGCAUCAAAUUUCUCUUUGUAAUAUCAAUGCUUUGUUAAGCAGAGUGAUCGUGAGAAUUACAGACAUGAUCACACAAGAUGAAUUUGCUUGAUAUUUCAUCAACUUCUCCCCACUACUUCUAUGGGAAAUGAAUAGGGGCAACAAAUGAGAAUUCAAAUGUUGAUCUUAGGGUUUAAAGGCUUAAGAGGACCAUAUGUUUUAGUUUUGUUUUGUUCCACAGCAUUUCUUGUGCGAUCCUGGGAUUCCCCUUCCUAGAAUGGAAGUGACAUUUUCCAUGGCUCGGCUGAAUAAACUUGAAGGAGAAUGUAAGCAGUACAUGGAAGCGGUACAAACGAUGUACAACCAGCUACAAGAACAACGAGAAAAAGAGGUAGGGUUUUCUUUUUGACUACUUCAGUGAGCUUUGGUCCUUUUUUUGUUGCGUUUGCGGACGUUUGCGUAAUUACUUCGGUGCUCAAGUAAAGUCAUGUUCGCUCAGCGAAAAAGUGUACGUAAAAGAGGUACCGUAAAAUUCCGAAAAUAGGCCCCUCCAAAUAUAAGCCCCCCAAACUCGUAACGCAAAAAACCCUCCGUUAAAUCGCCCCUCCACUUCGGGGGCUUGUACUUGGAAAUUGCUCUCAAAUACAAAGUAAAACAAAGAAAAACGGUAAAUUUCCUUCCAGGAAUAAGGCUAGCCCAAUCGAUUUUAAAACGCAAAUUUCCCUCCGUAGAUAAACCCCUCCAAAAAAAAAAGCCCCUUAAAAGGGCCUUUGAAAAAUAUAAGCCCCAGGGCUUAUUUUCGGAAUUUUACGGUAUGACCCGGAAGUGGCGGAAAGGGAGAAGGAGGGGGAUUGGGGAGCAGGGUUUGGGGAGUAGCAAUUCAUGAUGAUUUGGCAUGCGCCUUAGAUAGUUUCUAUCCGUAGGUUUGUGCAUAAAGUAUGUCACACGUUUUUUAAUCCUCUGCUGCAUGACCUCCAUCUUAUUGUACUUUAGCUUUUCCACUUUGCAUUCUAGUUCUUUAUGGAGAACUGAUACCAUCUUGUUGGCUAAAUUGAAUAAGCCCGCCCUCUCAAAUAAGCCCCCCCUCUCCUCAAAGGUGUUUGAAAUAACUAAGCCCCCGGGGGGCUUAAUAGAGGAUUAACGGUACACAAGUUCUUUCUCUGACGCUCAACUCUUUGUCUGUCUCAACAGAGAAGAGCUAUUGAGGACGAAAAGCAGCGGGUAAUCCUUGAAGAACGUGAAAGAACUGAAAAAGCGUUGUCAGAAAUAACAGGUCAGUAUAAGACUAAGCUGUUUUAACUUUUCAAGUGAAUGACGAUUUUUUGUAACUCAAGUUAUCUCAUACAACAGAUCUUGUACAGAAAGCCAAGGAAGCAGUGGAGCUGAAAAAGCGGGAGGACUUAAAAAUGUUAAAGGAACAGAUGGAAGACGCUUUGAAGGUGAGAUUUACGAACUUAUCGUUAAUCUAAUAACAAUGAUAAUGAUAAUGAAAAUGUCAAUAAUAAUAAUUAUAAUAAUAAUAAUAAUGAUAAUGAUAAUGAUAAUGAUAAUGAUAAUGAUAAUGAUAAUGAUAAUGAUAAUAAUAAUAAUAAUAAUAAUAAUAAUGAUCUUCAUCGUCAUCACCAUCAUAAUCAUCACCUGAGUUCUUGUAUAUGGUCCAUUGUAUUCCGUAGCGUUCACUCUUGAAACUGUCCCAUUUCAUAAAAAUCUGGAUUGUUUAGCCAUGGCCAUGAAUCUAGAGCAAGGGUAUUGACUUUGCUUUUAUUUUACAGAACAAAGCUUUGGAAAGAAAACAAGAACAAGAAGCCGAUGCCCAGUAUUUAGAAGAAGCACAGAAAAGAGAAGUCACAACAGCCACAAUUGAGGACGAGAUGAAAAACAAGGCCAGGUAUGAGUUAGAAAUUUAUAUAUCCUGUGUAAGAGAGCAAUGAAGGAUUCAUCAGAAAUUGCUAUGUUUGAUUUCUUCAUUAUGUUUGUUUCUUUCUUGGUUUAUUUCUAUGCUCCUGAAACACUCUACUCAUUUAACAGGGGUCCUUAAGCGACCCUCCGACCACCCCAAGGUAACCUUCUAACAUUUCCCACGCCAGGUACGAAAUUCGCGCCUAUAAUUCUUAAGUAAAUUGAUUGACAUGUUAUUUUCCGUUGUGCGCUUGCGUAUUAUUUACAAAUUGACCAAUUGGCUCAGUUGUGUUUUAUCAUGUUGUUGCAUAACUUCUUUGGUCUCUGAUUCGCUAAUACGUCAAGUGUUUUUGUUGUUGUUCUUGUUGUAAAUGGCGGAUUAAGGUCUGUUUUACAGGCGAUUAUUAUAAUCAGAAUCUUCCACAGCUAAUUUUUUCCACUAGUCAUAUUUUCUGAAUUGACGUCUUACGUACCGUGCGUUGCUUAAUAGAACUAAGAAGAAUUGAACAUUUAUAUCUCCGUUGAAAUUGUUUCUCUAGGGCAGAACUGAUCAAGUACUAUGAAGAACUUACUCGUGAAAUGGAGUACAGAGAAUUCCGUGCCCAGUGGCUCAUUCGCCGUAGAGAACUGGACUCUACUAGGGCCCAGUUCCUGGCCCAGGAGCAGGCGCGGUUAGACAGCCUAAGGGAUCAAAUGACGCAAAGACCUGUUGCCCAGACCCCUGUUGAAGCAAAAGAUGUGACUACUGCGCAAUCUGGAAGAGACGAUGGUGACAGGCCUUUGGCAGUUUCCAAUGUAUCUACUACGGUGUCGGUUCCCAGCCCAAGUUUGAUAUCGCUUAUCGCUAGUGGUGUAAAGACAGACGCUUUAUUGAGAGCUGAGCAGCAAGGGAAUACUGCUGAUUUGUCAGAUUCUACCGUUAGGGCUGAUAACAUCAAUGAGCCAAGAGAAGGAAGGACGGAAAUUUCAUCUGAAAGUUUAAAUGAUGAAGGUUCACAUCGACAAGCUGGAGAAUUAAGUUCUGAGGCUAGCACGAUUGACAGCAGAGGUAGAAGGACGUGGGAUAGCCCGGCAGAGAGUGCUACCGAGCUGGGAAAGCUCAAGGAAGAAGCCAGUGGGAGAAAAACGUGGGAGACCCCUGAAGGAGAGAUUAAGAUCGGCUCUCCUCUCCCCACGUCACACCCCUCAGAUUCUUCAAUACAGUUCGCGAUGUAUAGCGAUAAGACAAAGAGUGGCGAGGAGGCACUGACAUCUGGCCAUAGAAGAGAUACUUUAAAAACAAGCACACCGCAUGCAUCGGAUUCUUCAUUACAAAGCAUUUUGUACCCCAGCAACCCGUCGGUGACAACACCAGGUCCGGAUGCUCAGGCCACGGGCUUUGUAACCCAGCCUUUACAUUUGGAUGGUAGUGGUCUGGUUACGAGCCAUCCGUCGGACUCUUCGGCUCAAGACAUUUUAUAUGGAGGCAAUGUAACUCCUGGGCCAUCCGAAGAUAGGUCACUGAGCGCACAAGGGCAUCCUUCGGACUCCUCCGCGCAGUAUCUCCUAUACAGUAGCGGUAACGUGGAAGGAGCUGGCACUGAAGCCCUUGUUCCGGAACAUGGGCACCCUAGUGACUCGUCAAUCAGCAAUCUCUUGUAUUCUCGCGAUGAAGGCACACCCAACCCCCACACUCCCCGUCUUUCCCCACAUGGUCAUCCUUCCGAUUCGCAAGUUUCUCUGUCUCAAGGUACUGCAGCUCAGGUUAUGCGACAUAGUUCCAGGUCAACGUGGCAGCACCCCUCGGACGCUUCAGUUCAGAAGCUUCUCGGAGAUAUAAACAUUUUAGGGGAGAGCCAACAAAGCACCCGUGGGACUCCUCCCCCUAGCAUAGCUCAAGAUAUUAUUUACCCUCGGAUUGAUGGACAAGCGUCUUCCAGUGUCUCACACACGCGUGGCACCCCUCCCAAGAGCGUCGCUCAGGACAUUUUGUACCCGAAGGGGGAGGAGUCCGGGCAAGUACCUAGUGCAAUUCAUAGUCGCGGGGGUCCACCCUCAAGUGUUAUUCAAGACAUUAUGUACCCAAGCGUGGAGGGAGCGCUAGAAGAAUCAAGAAAGAUUUCCACUCGAGGUCAUGAGCCGGAGGUGAAGAUCACGAAGAUCAUGUACUACGUGAAAGAUGAAGAAGGUAAAGAUUAGUACUGAAUAUAAAGGCUGUCACCCUUUUAGAGGGAGAGUACUAAUAGGCCAAAAAGAAAGAUUAGUGACUAGAAGAUAACGGUCCUUAUUAUACGCUGGCAACUCGCUCAAUUUACCCUCUCCUCUCCAUUAGUGCUCCGUUUUACGGGUAUUUACAGCUAGUCAAAGCUUCACGUUAAGACAGGAAGUGGAAACGAGUAUUUGAGGCCACACCCGGGAAUCGAACUCGGAACCUCCUGCACAGAAGGCCGCACCCUAACCUACUGUGCGUUUAUUUCACAUCUCCAAUAGGCGAGAUGUUCUAGUCUUCUCGGAUAAGGACGGGAAACCGUAAGGCCCGCGUAACAUCACACUCACUGAUUUUGUGUGACUUGAAAGAACUAUAAGAAGAUACAAAUAGGUGACUGUUGUCCCCCCUCCCUCAGUGUUCACUGUCUAUCCCACCCUCCCUAGCGACGGCGACGGCUACGAAAACGUCACUUAAAAAGUGAAUUCGCGCUGCCUCAAACUUUAUCGCGCUUAUUCCAUGUCGUUUAAUCCCUCAAAUGUUGGCACAUUUCUUGGGAGUUGUUGUUUUGUGUUCCCGUUCUCGACAAAACGUGAAAUUAGUCACUUUCACGUUGUAGUCAGUUCAACGACGGCUAAGAAAUGUACAAAAAAGCGUGAUGCACGCGCAAAGUUGUUGUUUUGCCAAUCUAAACCUAUUGGUUUUAUUCCAUUCUCGUUGCCGUCGCCGUCUUCGUUGCUUAAGCUCCCUAAUGUAUAUCCCCCGGCAACGCUUAAAUUGAAGCCCUGCUCUGUUGUUUUUUGCCUUUUCAGGAAGGACAGAGGAAGAACCACAGACAAAGCAGUUAGAGUUUGAGGACGUGUGGUUAGCAUCACAAGUGGAGCCACUGCAAGACAACUUUGAUAUCUUGGGUAGGUUGGUAGGUUUGCACUUGGCCUGGCAAUAAGACAAGAAAAUAAACAGAAAGUCAGCAAUCUGAUUGGCUGAUUAAGCGAUGGUAAGGAAAAUUCUAUAUAGUAGAGUAUAAAGGACGCAAGUCGACCAAACUGACCUCAUCACCUUAAUCUUUUUGUUUCCCAGCUGUAGAGCCCGUUUUGUUACUAGAGAUAACUUUUUCUUUCGAAUUUCGUCGUCUUCACGUGCAUAGACACAAAGGACAAAAUUAAUUUCCUCGGCGACAUAUGAGCCUGCGUUUCCGUUUCCUUUUAUCCAAGCGGUAGAAGCACAGGGCAUGCGCGAAGGCGUGGAAUGAAGAAUGAUAGAACUUAUUAGUGCAGGCUACACGAUAAGAUGGAUACUGGCCGUAAGGCUCACUUAAUCCAUUCCCCUAAUGUUGUCGUUUUUGUUUUUGCUUUUUUUCUCAGAUUAUAAUCCCUCGUCAAAUCUUCUUCAGGGUGCCUUGGGGUCCUUUCCAGUUGCACAAGGUAAAAAAAAUAUACAUAAAACUAUAUAAGAUGCUUAGCCGUCGCUUUCGGGGAGUUACCAUACGGCCACUGUGCGUGUCAGUCUUAAUUUUAUUUAUUUACUAGUUGUUUUGAUUGUUCAUUUGUUUUCAUCAUAUUUGUAACAGGCUCUGAUGAUGAAGAUACAGACGCAGCACAACUGAUGUCUCUUCCGGUUUUGCUUCAAAGAUCUGUCAUGGCGCCUCUACUCGCCCAGUAAGUUGUUUGGCUGUUGCUUUACUAUAAUACCAUUUUCGUCCCAACCACAACUUAGAUCGUGCUCCUUGUUUUAUUCGUGCAACUAGGUUGUUAAAAGCCGGUUAGACAACACACCAACCACUUACAAUAAAUGAAAGCAAAAAUUUAAUUCAACAGGGAGUACAAUAUAGAAUAAAAAUUAACCAUACAAAUUUACACGUUCUUAUUAAUCUAAUGAGCAAAGGUAGUUCUCGGAAAGAGACGUAUCAGGGUGGAGUAGAUUCCAGUUUCUAGCAUUUCUUGAGAAGAAGGAAAACUUGAACACAUCUUUCUUACAGUGAGGUUCAAGAAGCUUAAUAAGCCUAUGGCUGCUCUAGCUCGGGUCUCAUUCCUCUUUACGACUGUCCUUACUUUUGAUGUUCAUCCCGGCAGUUUUUCAGUCCCAGAUAAUGUUUGUGUUGCUUUUGCUUAAUUUCGUUUUUCUCCGAGACAAAUGUUAUUUAAUUUUGGUAAUUUUUUUAAAACUUGUUUCACCCAUUAGUGUUUUUCUUAGUUCGUUAUUCUUCGUUAAAUUGUUAAUCAAUAUGCGCCAACACAUUCUUAUUACCACAGAGUACAAUCCUAAACACAAGUGCCCUUUUUGACGUGGCUUUUAUGGCCAGUUCUGUAGGUUGCGGAACUUCGCGGAAAGCACAAGCUUACUUCGACAUUGACAGGUUUCAAGCGAUCUUCCUUAAGUUUUUUUUUCCUUUUGUUCAGUCCUUUUUUUCUUCUGCAGGAUAUCUUUAGUGAAUUCCGCCAUUGUUGCUUACUUUAUGGACGAUCUUCAGAUCAAUAAACACUUCAUCUUGUUCAAGAAAUUACUGUUCAUGGAAGAUGGCGAGUUUUCCCUCUCACUUUCGAACCAACUGUUUGAAAAGGUUUGUGAUGACGUUUGCAGUUCUCUUCACCCUCUGACGUAUCUAGACGUGGGGUGCAUGUUUAACUUUUUUGUUGGACAUACAUGUUUUUGUAGAAGGGAAAACGCUUUUUUAUUAGCUCUGUUGCUGACACGUUAAGAUGCAAACGGGAAGUGUUUAAGUCAUCCCGGCUGUAAAACCAUCCAGCGCAUUUAAGUGGCAUGAUCCUACCUGGUAUGGUUUAACCCUUUAAGCCGUUAAAUUAAAGUUUUCAUUCCCAUUUCUUGUCCCUGUAUGUUUUCGAAAGAAGUAGAGGGGAGAAGUUGCUGAAGUAUCAAUUAAAUUUGUUUUGUGCGAUCAUGUCCUCAAUUCUCAACACCAAUCUGAUAUUACAAGGAGAAAUUCGAUACUGAUCACUCAAUACCCUUAGUAAUUAACAUAUAUUUUAUUAUGUUUCUCUUUUCUCCAAGCUUGCCUCAGGGGUGACUCCACGGGAGAUGUGUUCUGCUACAGUGUUAAAUGGCAUUGUUGGAAAGGCUCUUCAGUUGUCUGUGUACUCCGACACAACAGAGCAUGCGCAAAACCUCGCCUUUGCUCUUAAAUCGUUGCCUGAAAUUUUCAAACCCAAUGGUAAGUCUACAAUAAUUUGUCCUCGAUUGUUGCAAAGGAAUCAUAAUUAAAAAAAAUAAAAUGUAUGAAAUAUUAAGCAUUGCGUAAUUUCUAAACGCUAGGUUACUUCACAAAAACAUCAGAAAGGUAAAGGAGAAGGCUCAUUGUAAAUGAAGCAAAUCGUACAAGUUAUACUUUUUUCCCCAUCACAGCAGACGAUGGCUAUCGUCCCCUUGUUGUUGGUCAUUCACGUGGUACAAAAAUACCAUACUGGAGAGCAAAAAAUGCACUGAGACAGUCAAACAAAUAAAAAUGACCACAAAAUUUGAAAAAAUGUAAGUUCUGUUUGUCUUGCCCUGGAGUAUUUCUUUCUCAUCACUUGGCGAACGGCUAUAAAGGGCACAUGAAAUCAGAAGUCCAAACAAGUACACACCUUUUGGUUUACACUGAAUUAUAUAUUCGUUUCAGAAAUGGGCACGAUGGAUUUUCUUGAACUGCGUUACAGAGUGGAGUGGCCUGUAAACAUCGUCAUCACUGAAAAGUCCGUUGUCAAGUACAACAAAGUGAGUCUAUCGUGGUGAUAGUGAGCCCAUUUCUCAAAGCUAAUAUGUAUUGUUAAUUGUUUGGUUAUAAUAUAGUACGCGGCCCUUCUGCAUUUCCGCAACGUAAAAUCUUUCAUACCUACGGCCUCCCACUCACAUCAGACGUUCGUAAGGCUUUAGAACGUGUGCUUGUGUCCCAAGUGCCUCUUCCCUUCUGGCUCUGUAGAUCAGUCGGCAGAGCAACAACGAUCUAAUCCUUUCACCGUAAGUCCGAUUCUUACAAUGGCUAGAAAUGUUUUCUGUGUCUGUGAGUGUACUUUCAUACUAACGUAAAGCUGAGAUAGGUGAUUCUUGUGGCAAUACAAGGCACCUUCCAUUUAGUAGUUUAUUGAAGUCUACCGCAAGCAAUUUGUAUUUCCUUCUGUACAGAUCUUCUCGUUUAUGUUGCGGCUCAAACGGCUUUCCUGGGUAUUACGGGAUGUAUGGUUUCACUUGAAGCAUAUCGGUAAGAGUGCGAUUACUCUUUACUUCUUUAUUUUAUUCCUUCGUGAUUUUAUGUCACUCUCAAGGCGGCACCGUAUUACAUGAUACGUGAUACCUUCUCUCGUUCCCCGGCCGGCCAAGUUUACUUUCGGCCUCUUUAACUCCAAGGUUACUCUCUUACUCGGCCCGGUCCCCUCUCUCGCUCCGGAUGACGAGUAGGAAAGGGCCCUGAGAAGGAGGUUGCUGUAGUUCUUGGGAAUGUCAAACGGCGUGGAAGCUAAUGGAAAUGCAAAUAGUUAACUAGGCAAUUUGAGCGCUUGCUUGCUUUUGCAAACAAAAUACACUAAGGUGUCCUUCAAGAAAGCAAUAUGUUCCUGUCUCACCCAAUGCCUUUUUAAAGCUAAUACUGUAGUGAUCACAAUCCAUGCUUGUCGUUUCAGCUUAUUCUAGGAACGCGGCGAUGUCGCCUCAAAUUCGCCAGCUUCAGCUUUACAGGUACUUGGUUUGGUUGUUGUUUAUUGUCCUCCUCGAGGGUUCGCGAGAGACUGGGUCUUAGUUGUGUCAAGUUGCAUUAUGGGACUGUUUUGGGGACGCUUAACCCUUUGAGUGCCAAUAGGCGAAUCUUUGCUGACGUCAUUGUUUACUUUUUUCCUCAUUAGCAUACGACUUAACUCAUAGAAGCCGUGGCUGUAUAUAUGAAUUAAAUGCAAAAGUCAAAAGAGCUGAUAAAGUUGGGCAAUUUGUGCAAUUUUCAGCUCUUUGCGAGCAACAUUGAAAGAAAUAUCAGCCACCAAAACCUGCAAAAUUGCUGUGUGGCGAAAAAGUUAAUUAGCCAUACAUUCUCUGUAAAAUUUCUAGUUUUUAGAAGAGAAUUUCUCCGAAACCAUUCGGUGUAUUGGGCUCAAAUUUUCAGAGAUAACUGAAACGGUUAUGCCCUUUCAAUAUUCAGAGUUUUUAUUUUAUUAGCGUCAUCAGACAGUGAUAAGCAUAUGUUAAUGAGGCAAAAAAGGUAAACAAAGAUUCGCCUAUAGCGACCAUUAUCAUACAUUGUCAAGAGAUAAGGUUAUGAGAAUAAAUAAAAUUAUCGUCACGGAGAAAAUGCCCCUGAUCUUUUAUCAGAUUCUCUCAACUCAUUCUUUAAGGAAAUGAAUGGAGACCAGUUUGGAGAAUUUGUAUAAGGGUAGUGGGACUUAUAAAGGUUAACAGUCUGUCUAUUGGUUAUAGUGAGGAGAAAUGUGACGUCAAGUUACCAUGGUAACAUGAUUUCUGGAUCUCAAAAAUCUUUCUUGACGGAGACGGUUGUUUUUUCAUUGUCGAACGAUGGAAGAAAAGUAUGGGAUGCCGUUUUGUUCCUGAUUGAAAUCAUGCACAAGAAUCAUACGCGUCAAUUUUUUCUUUUUUUCCCCUGCCAUGUUUGCAGGACCACGACUUGUUGAGAUCCAGAAAGUUUGCUACCUUGACAACCUGGCUUAGCGAUUUCACCUCCCUAUUACAAGGGUGCACAAGAAACUGGGUUAAACUCCGUCCCCCAAAGCAAUCUCUGAGUGCAAUUUGACACAACACAUGCGCAGACUCAAAAUGACUUAUGCUAUCCAGAGUCAGGGGAGGGGAGCAAGGGGGGGGAGACAGGGGUCCAAAUCUUCCGCCUCCACUGCCUUGCAUUCCUGGCUCCCACCCUUUUUUCCUGGCUUACUCCCUUUAGCCCUUUUUCGAUUGCGAAAUAUCAAGGAUUGCGUAAUUUCUCCUGCUUCCCGCCUUUUUAGAACGUUCACCUCCCGCCCUUUCAUCUUUCGCUUCCCGUACAACAGCCGCACAUCUGCCCCUAUUCUCCCGUGCUCCCGCCCCCAUCUCCUCCCCAAAUGUGGUUUGUGUCCAGAUGUAAAGAGGACCAUUACUUGAUCCCGAUAAAACAAAUUUUCGUUUCGAGAAUUUUUUUGUGUCCUGUGAUAAAUCAAGGGAACAGAUCAUUUAGGAUCGAGAGCGAAGCAGCCAGGUUAAAAAGUUAUCUAGAAAAAAAAAAAAAGAAUUAUCCUAGAUAUGUGAUACUUUUACAAUUCUUUUUAACAUUGCCAAACAAUAUGGACUGUUUGAGUUCUUUCCAUUCUGUUUAUUGUCUCUUUAGACACGAGAUGCAACACUUUGUUCACAACCUCGAGGGUUACCUGUCCAAUCAGAUUCUAAAUGUUUCCUGGUCAGAGUUCCAAGAACGACUCCUUAAUGUAUGUAGUUCACUGUGAGUUUUUUGGAAUGGAUUUUCCCCCCAAGAAUGAGUGGAAUGCAUAGAACGCAAUCUGAUCACGUGCGUUUGGACCUUCUAUCAUUCGUCAUCUGAUCACGCAUGUUUUGACCAUCUAUCACGUGAAACUUGCGCAAAGCGCAGCGUUGUAGCAAAAGCGUUAUGACCUUCGAUCGUUGUCGCCUGCACUCCGUAACCUUCGGUAAUUACUAUUAAUAUUAUCAUUUUUUCCAUUACUCGUAGGUAACAAGCUUGGACGAUUUGCACAAUCAGCACGCCGAAUAUCUGAGGAAAGCCAUUUUUCGCUCACUUCUCAGCCGCAAAGCUGCGCCCGUGAUGAGUAUCAUUUCCGACCUGGGAACACUCAUACUAAAACUGCGCGCGCAGCUUUUGGCGUCUCCUUGGCAACAGGAUCCCCACACUGGACACGUGACUCAUCCCGCUUUUGACAUCAUGUGUAACACUCACAAGGCUUUCAAGGAAUAUUCAGGAUUCCUUUUCACAGGUAAGUUAAUUUUCACCUUAAUGGUGUUCCCUCACGUACCUUAGUUUGGUGUUGACGUUUAGCAAUUAUUGGAUGAGGCUGAGCAUGAUCUUACACUCAGCGAAAUCUGCGUAAUUUUCCACUUCGGAAACCUAGGGAGAAUGGAUACAAGCUCUGGGUGCAGUGAUACCUGGGAUCGUUUGGAUGGACAAGCGUUAGUUAUGAUUGGUCUAUGGUUUUCAAGGCAACCAUUAACCAAUCAUAAGCAACGCUUUUCUAAACAAUCCCCGAAAUCGUUACCCAUUCCCAGGCUGGGGAAAUCUUCAGAUCAUACAAAAACCAAACAGUUAUAUUAUUCAUCCAAAAUAAUUCAUAUUUUUAAAAGGACACAAAAAAUCCUUACCUCAAUUGAUGUGAAGUUCUCGUGAACAUUUGCCUGUUCGUCAGCAAACUGAGGAUAUAAAGGGAUCUCUAGUCUAGCAGAGGUUCUUCAAAUAGCCCUUGUCAUCCGUCGGGCUUAAUUUUUGCAGCUCUUUUCAGACAGUAGUUUCUCCAGCUCACCAAAACAGCUGGGCUAACGGAACCCCGUUCCUAGGGGUUCCCUGCUGCCGUCAGUUUUCAUGGCGAUAUCCUGUAUUAUUGACGUCGUUUUACCGGAUGUCGCAAACGUCUUCCAAAUUUCGUCAUUGCUAACUGGUUAUGAAGAAUUAGCCGGGGAAUUUGAGCCAAACAGAAACGGAGAAAUAUUUUGAAUGAAUAAUAAUUGUGGCUAUUUUAUUCACAGUGGUAAGCAAGCUUGUUAAUCGUGGAUACCAGUCUCACCUAGCCGACUUCCUGCUCAGAAUCAAUUUCAACAACUUUUAUAAAGUGGAGUAACAGUCGAGUGGUAAACUUGUCUAAUGCGCGUGUCCCCUGGUUGAUUGCUGCUAGCAAAUAAAUUGAGGGCGUACUUCUGGAAACGUACGUGACUGGAAGAUAAGUACGAGGUUCUGAGGAGCAGUAGUUGUUACGUGACGUUUCUUAGCAAUGUCCAGUUUCUUAAGGAUUCUGAGACCGCGUUUCAAGGGCCUUAUGAAAGACACCGAGAGAGGUGAAUGUUUUGUCUCCUGCAAUGCGGCUACACUUAGAAGACGAUAUUCGGAUUUCCAGGAAAUAAGUAGCUAAGAACACCUGCCAGAAAACCUUUCGCCAACUUCCUUCUUGUAUGGUAACUCGUACACCGUUGAUACUACAAAUGAGGCUAGUCUGACUUGUCACGCUCCCUUAAUUACAAACCGCCCAGUUCGCUUGACGAGGGAGUGACGAUUGGCAAGUUGUGUUAUCUUACAGGUAACAUGCCUUUUAAGUUAAUCCAUCAGCUAUCAGAAUGACAUGGAUAAUGUGAGCAAGGGUAAAUGCGUUGUUUUGUGGACUUUCUUCAAAACGUUUAUUACAUUAUGACUUGCCCUCAGUCACUCGUCUGUCAAAGGACAAAAGUGCUUGGGGAAAACCUUGACAUCGUGUUUAAUCAGCAGAGGAAACGUUAUUAACCUGUAAGAAAGCUUAGUAUUUAUUUAACUUCCACGAAAAACAUGACUAGUCUUCAAGUGACUGGUGAUUGUAUGUGAAGUUUCCAAGUAAACCGUUUUCCAAAAAGUUUGGUAAUUCUUUAUUUUCUUUUAUUUAUUCUACAAAAUUAAGACAUACAUGGUUACUUCUACAGUGUGGCCUGAAGUUAAAAAAAAAAAAAAAGAUGGUACCUGCAUUUUAAAAAAUGCCC